UGUGAUGUCAAGUAGAAAGUUGAGACAACGAAGCGGCGGCCGCAAUGCAAACCAGUCAGUAGGAGAUUUAUCCAAGUCAUCAUCAUCAUCAUCAGUAGGAACACGAAGCAGCAAUGCGAGUGUGCAAGGUGCGAACAUGCCAGAGUUGCAGGCGUUGUGGCUACAAAGGCGACAAUCUGCUUUCCAAAUUUGCGGAGCGUCUCUCGUCCUGCUUGCGGUAUUGGCGUUCGCCUACUACUGGGCGCAAUACCUCAAGCUGCUGCACGAAAACUAUCUCUGGUUUUCCAACAUUGGAAACCUAGAAAGGGAGAUUUCAUUUCGAUCCGAGCAAGGUCUUUACUAUUUCUACUACAAGCAAUUGGUCAAAGCCAAAUCUUGGUCACAAGGACUAUAUUCACUAACUCAUGACAACACAACUGAACACCCACGAACAAUAAACAUCAUCGAGAGAUUCAACGUAUUUCAGGAAAUCAUAGCAGCUGCUCUGUACAGAACGAUUCCUAUCCAGAAGACUUGGGAGCCGAUCUACUUCUACAUUGAUGCAGUCUUCUCACUUCAUGGCAUCUACAUGGUCGCUGUCUACUGUACCGCCUGGCUACUGUCCGGCUCAUGGAUAUCUGGUCUGCUCUCAGUCACAUUCUUUGCCUUCAAUCGGCGUGACAUGACAAGAAUUGAUUUCACUGUUCCUCUCCGAGAGAACUGGGCGUAUCCGUUUCUGUUUCUGCAACUGUUUUUUGUGACUCUGUAUGUGAAAGUUGACGUUUUGGCAUGUAUACGGAAACUGGCUCUAGCCGGCAUCUUCCUAUCGACCUUGAUCUUCGUUCUCUUCUGGCAGUUCGCCCAGUUCAUAUUGCUGCCCCAGGUGAUCGCCAUAUACGGCAUAUGGCUGCUAGGAUUCCUCCCUUGCAAAAAGGUCAUUCGUCUCUACGCUACCCUCAUAACCGUUAUCCUGACGGGAUGCUUUCUGCAGUACGGAAAUGUCAUGUUGUUGGGGUCACUGGCUCUCAGUUUCAUGUUCGCUGGCUUGAUUGUUCUCAAGCUACCGCACGGUGGACGUGUCCAACCGAGACGAUCGAUUUGGAUGUUCAUAGGGACCGUAGCCGGCUUGACAUUUUUGGUGAUCACAUUGACAUUGUUGAUCAACGUCUGUGUGAAGAUGAGCUUGGGUGUUACCUCUGAUCAACAUAUUGUUGACUUUGUGAUGACAAAAAUCGGGCUACGGAAUCCUUCCGACUUGAGAGACUUUGACGUUUUGCUUUAUGUUUGCGAAAGUUCGUUUCAAGCGAUGGCGUCGAGUCAUUGGCUGAGACUGACCAAGACGUUAUUCCUACCGUCGUAUCUCGGUGUGUUGGUGGUCACUGGUGCUCUCUUGGUUGUGACAAUAUUCAAAAUGUGUUGGAGCUCGAGUGAGAGCCCGGAUUCUGUCACCCUGUCUCCUCCAAUGCUUAAAGCCCAUCCAGAAUUUGCACACCAUUUCAUUAUGUCAAUUUUGUUUGGCAUAAUGGCUCUCUCCACGCUUCGAUGUAAGUUCCUCUGGUUGCCUCAUUCGUCCAUUCUCGCUGCCGCUGGUCUUACUCACACGUCCAUGUGGACAUCUAUUCAAGAGAAACUCGGAAUUUCUCGAGUGACUACUCAAGGGUUGAAAUACGUGAUGAUUGCUGGUCUAGUCACUGCAAUCAUUACUCUACAUUUGCCUGUAAUGCGGGAAGAACUCGACGACCUUCGAGAAUUUCACGACCCGCACAUAGUCGAGCUCAUGCGUUGGAUACGGGCUGACACACACCCUGUGGCUUCAUUUGCAGGAACGAUGCAACUAAUGGCGUCGGUGAAACUGUGCACAAACAGACCGAUCUGUAACCAUCCGCACUAUGAAGACAAGUGGCUGAGACGACGAACACGACAAGUGUAUCAAGUCUACAGCAAACGAACCGUCGCCGAGGUGCAUGACAUACUAAACGAAGUCGACGCCGAUUACAUCAUUCUUGAAGAGGGUCGAUGCUAUGGCGAAGACGACGUCGGCUGUCGUACUCGUGACAUCGUAGACACGGUCAAUGGCGAGCAAAUUGUGGGAGCAAAAAGCAGCACCAAGGCAAGGUUUUGUCAUGAAGUCGACCAGAAGGGUCACGAACGUCUAUUCAGACUGAAGUUCAAAAAUACUUCGUUUCGUGUUUAUAAGGUCAUAAAAUGAGUAGAGUUUCGUUUCUCGGGGAAUGUAUUGGGUCGUGCACAGCUGUAUGUAAAGACAGUACAUACCCAUAGAUACCCAUACAUAUCCGUACCAUACAUACCCAUACAUA